CCAUUCUCGACGGGGCGCCAUAGCCGCCAUUUUAAGUCAUCGAGUUUCAAUUACAGCGCAUAGGACGGAGAACUGGAACCAAUUCAACUAAUUUCUCUUCUAAAGUAUUAGUAGGGAACUGACUGUUAUCUGAAGCUCUUCCUUAAAUCAUUCAUCAUCUAGAGCAAAGUCAAGUUACGCAUGAUCAAGUAGAAUCCUGCCUCGAUUUUAGCCUUUAAUGUAACUUAGGUGUAACGUUAGAGGAAAUGGCUGUGGAAAGCAUGACUGUCCAUCCAAACUCCCCAACAACAACCAACCACGAACACAACAGCCUCACUGACGAAAGACGUGAGGAGGGUGAGCUGGAGGAGGGUGAACUAGAGGAUGAUGGGGCAGAGCCAGACUCUCCUCAGAGAGAAGGGUCUGAAGCAUUGGGAAAACCUCACCACAACAAGGACCAUCAGGCCAGUGGUUCAGAUGAUGAUAAAACUCAUCGCCGCAAAAGGAAGAGAAGGAAAGAAAAGGAGCGUGAUAAGGAGAAAAGAAGGGCAAAAAAAAGGCGGAAGUCAUCUAAGCACAAACGACAUGCUUCCUCUAGUGAUGACCGUUCUGACUACAGCGAUGAUUCUGACUACAGCACUAACGAGAAGAGAAAAUAUCGAGACUAUAGCCCGCAGUACACUGCCUCUUCUCAUGGAGGUUAUGCAUCUGCCCCUCCUUCUGGCCACGGGGUUCCUAUGCCUAAAAAGGGCAGUUACAUAAAGAUGGAGAAGCAGGGCUAUGGAGACUACGAUGAAUAUGAAGAAGAAAACUAUGAGGGUGAAGAGGAUGAAGAAAUGGUCGAGGAUGAAUACGAUGACUUUACCAAGGAGCUCAACCAGUAUCGCAAAGCUAAAGAGGGGAACAGCACAGUCUGCACAGGAGGUGUGGGCAACCGUGGAGGCAGAGGCGGGAAAGGCAGACUCAAAAACCAGAGAGGUCGUGGGCGGGGUGGUAUGAGGGGUCGCGGUGGGCGAGGUGGUGGAGGAAGCAGAGGAAGAGGACGGGCAAAGAUGGGUGCAGACAACGAUGAUGAAGGCACAUAUGGAGACGAUUUGGAGUUUGCAGAUGAUGACUUUGAUAACAUGGGAGAAGAUGAUUUUGAAGAUUACUCUAAAGAGAUGAACCAGUAUAGAAAGUCUAAAGACCGUGGACGUGGUGGUAAAGGUGGAAGAGGGCGUGGUAGAAGUAAAGGAGGACGUGGCAUAAACCGUGGCAGAGGAAGAAAUAGAGGAAGAGGUCGUGGAAGUGAUCAGGGAAAUGAUGAAGAAAACAUUGGGGAUAUGGACAUUGGAGAUAGUGGAGGAGGACCACGACGUGCUGACCAAGAUAAGCAUGGCCAAGAGAAGAAGGGGAAAGCAAUUUGCAAAUACUAUAUAGAGGGCCGCUGCACAUGGGGUGAACACUGCAACUUCAGCCAUGACAUUGAACUACCCAAAAGGAAAGAGCUCUGCAAGUUUUACAUCACUGGUUUCUGCGCCAGGGCAGAGAACUGCCCAUAUAUGCAUGGUGACUUUCCUUGCAAGCUGUUUCAUACCACCGGAAAUUGUGUGAAUGGAGAUGAAUGUAUGUUUUCUCACAAGCCCUUGACAGAAGAUACUCAAGAGUUGUUGGACAAGAUGCUAGCAGAAGAUGCUGAGGCUGGUGCUGAGGAUGAAAAAGAGGUAGAGGAGCUGAAGAAGCAGGGUAUUAACCCUUUACCAAAACCCCCACCAGGGGUGGGCCUUCUCCCAACACCACCAAGACCAGUCUCUGCUGAUUGUGCUGGCCCUGUGGACUUUGGGUUGACUGGACCGUCUUCGACCAAUAUGCCUCAUAAUGCCCCACAAGGAACUCUUUUGGCUUCUGGAACUGGCCCCUGCCCUGGACCUCCACCUCCUUGUCCAGACAGUAACCCAUUUCAAGGGCCUCCAAAUUCUAGCACACCACCUCAGCCACCCUUGGGCCAACCACAACCUUGUCAAGGAGCUACAGGGAAGAAGAUUCCAUCUUUAUUUGAGAUUGUUGUGCAGCCCACAGGACAGCUGGCUCAGAAACUUGGUGUCAGGGGUCAAGGCCCUAGCGCAGGUGUCCCCUCUGGCCCUUCGGGUGUAACCCAGGUAGGUCCACUACCUCGAUUCUCAGCUCCUCCACCAACUGGACAUAUAGGGCCAAAUCCAAGUGGAAUGAUCCCACCUGGCCCUGUGGACAUGUCCUCAGGAGGUAAUCCCAACCAAGGAGUGCCAUCUGUGAUAUCCAGUUUUGGACCUGGGGAGGGAUCACCUCAUCAGGGGAUGACUCAUCAAAUGCCUGCACCUACUGGAGGCAAUUUCUAUGAUGGUUUCUUUCAUCAACAACUGGGAAUGGAAAGUGGAGACAAUGGUAAAGAAUACCCUGGCUUUAGAAAAAUUGAAGAAUGUGCUGGAGAAGGAAUACUUGAUCAAGCCUCUAGGACUCAGAGUACCACUGGCAGUGGUGACUCUUCCUCCAAUGGAUCUGCAGACAGCCAGAUAUCCAGCCUGACAGUACCUGACUUCCUUCCACCGGCUCAACGUGUGUUGUUUAUGAGGAUCCAUCAGAAGCAACAGGAGGAUGAGGAAAAGGCCAGGAGGUUGGCGGAAGUUGGAGCUCAGAAAGACAUAGAAGGUGACUCUGCAAAUUGGUACUCCAGUGAAGAUGAGGAUGGAGGCAGCAGUGUUUCUUCAAUAAUCAAAACACUGCGACAACAGACCCAGAGCUGCAGCAAACCUGAGUGUCCUCCCUUUGACCCACGGCUGUCCAAAGCAGCUCGUCCAGCUGACCCACGGCUAGCUCGUGACCCACGCCUGUCCCGAAGCACAGAGUCAGCGCAAGCCUCUGAUCCAAAUCCAAGUGCCUUGCUAUCUUCCUCCUCUUCUGCUCCUGUUGACCCGCGCCUGGCACGCAGCACUGUGCUAUGUCACAAAUCUGACACAGUUCUUGUAUACAAGCCACCUGGCCCUGUAACACCACAAGCUGAGGAGGAGGAGGGGGAGAGGAUUCUGCGGGACAAACCUGUCCCCAUUCCUCUAGACCCUCUCAUGGGCAUGACCCUGCGUGACCCACGUUCUCAGUUGCAGCAGUUUAGCCACAUCAAAAAAGACCUAAGCUUUCACAUCCCUAAUUUCGCCAAGGCUGUGUUGUGGAACCCUGAGGACCUCAUUCCUGUGCCCAUCCCCAAGCAGGACUUUCUUCCGCUCCCUCCUGGCAUCCCUCCUGUGGUUACCCUGGAUCCCCGAAUCUCACGUGCUCAGCAGCAGCUUCACACAGCUCCACCUGCUCUUCCUGCUCCUCCUGCUCCCAUAGAAGACAACCAGUCUUCUUCCUCCCUUCCAGACUUUGAGUUGUUGUCUCGCAUUCUCAAGACUGUUAAUUCUUCUUCUGGUCCUUCUCAGAAUAGUCCUGCUGCUGUUGUCUCCACGGCUCAAACAGGAACUGCAUCUGCUCACCCCAUACAACCUGAAAAACCAAUGGACCCACGUAUGGCCCGCAAGGUCCAAGCAGAUCCCAGGCUACAGCACCAGAAAUCUGCCUUGAAAUCUCCUUCAGAAUCGACUGGAUCUCAAACCUCUCACUCUUCUAGCCCUAGCCCACCCACUCCCUCAGCCCCCCCUAUUGCACCAUAUGAUCCACGGCUUCUGUCUGCAGGUGGGGUGGGCAGGGGUGGUGCAGGAGUUACUGGCACCAGCAGCAAUGUGCUUAGCAGUAUCAGUUUAUAUGACCCCAGAACUGCAGAUAGUUUAGAGAGUUCAGGGCAGGUGGCAAAUUCUGCAAUCUCAACUGAAUCCAAACCUAUUGCUCCUGAUAUGGUAGUCAAGGCCAAACCCAAAGAGCCUCUCUUUGUGCGCAAGUCUGCCCUGGAUCAUCCUGAAAAUGAAAGGGGUGCUAAUGAGCCAACCACUGACCGUUACAACAGUUAUAACCGUCCACGACCCAAGCCCUCACCCUCCCCCAAUUCAGGAGGGUCCACGUCUGUGAGUACAGCUACUGGGCUUGAGCAGCAGCUGUCUGGUGUCCAUAACUUACCUGUGUCCACGUCUCUCUUCCAAAUGGUUAAGCAGGUCAACAAACCUGGCUCAGGCAGCCCCUUUGGUGGCAACAGUCCAGCACAACUAGACACUUCAGAGCAGGAUGCUGCUUCUCUCAAAGAUGUAUUCAAAGGUUUCGACCCUACAGCGUCCCCUUUUUGCCAAUGACACCUGAUAGUGCUGUCAUUUGAGUUUAAAACAGCAGCCUGGUCUGCAUUCUCAGCUUGCUGACAUUGCUAGGGAAACAGGGCCACAACCCUCCUUGUCAAACUGUUAAAAUAUAUUUUUUUUUUUGGAUGCUGAAAAGUGGCAAAGUUAGCAUUUCUAAAAUAACCAAAUCAGGUUCAAAUCGAUUUAUUUUACUAGAGCCAUGCUCUAAACAGUCAGCACCAGCAGAGAACCAGGGUAACCUAGGCUAUAUCUUCGUUGCAUAAGAGACGUUUGAGUGUCUCAUCUUUUUUGAAUGUUUCCCCGAGCCUUCUUGAUCUGUAAAUGACCCAGCCCCUUACAUCAAGACUUUUCCGAUGCUUACUUUCUUGUAGCAGUUUUGUUUGCAUUCAGCUAUUGAUUUGGGUCUCAUUGUCAAUUUACAUUUGAGCAGCAAGAUAAACAAUAACAAAGUUGUACACUGCCACAUCAUCCAACUAUGACAAUAAAUAGGAAUACAAUAGUUAUGCUGGUCUAAAUAAUCUGUAAACUCGACUGCCCUGGUGUCCUCUCUUUGUUGCUUUGAGCAACCUCUCAGCUUUAAAAUGUUUUAACCUAUCUGUACCUGCACUGUAUUAACUCUACGCCUAGUUGUUGUAAUUUGUGGUUUUGUCAGUGUGUUUUUGUUGUGGUCCAGUGCCCAGAAGGGGUCUAUCCUGUAAGUUUUGACUCCUGUUUGCCAUUCUGAAAAUCUGUUAUUGAGCUGCUGUGUUUGUCAUUCACAUGUGAAAUAUGAUCAUUUUAAUUUAUAUUUUUUAUACUUACACAUUUCUUUCUUUUGAGAUAUCACCAACAAAGCAAUUUUAUCAAAAUUGUACAUAUGUUUCCCCAACUGUAUUUUGUAAGGGCAUUGAUAGAAUGCACUGGUUGUGCAUCAUCAAGAGAGCAAGAAAAAAUAGACAUAUUUUCAUUUAUUUUAAAAAGGAAACUACCCUACUCAUUCUCUUCUUGAAUAGCUGGUGACUGUUCAAGAACAUCAGAGUUUAUUGGUUUUCUGUAUUCUGAUGUUUGAAGAAGAACUUUUGUAUAUUAAAUAGUGUCCAUAUUUGAGAAGAGGCUACCUUUUUGUAAUGCUUCACUGUAGAUAAAGUGUUAAAGGCAAUAAAAUAUGCACAGUAAUGUACAUUAAUAAAGGCUUAAAGGGUAA